AUGUCUCAGCUUGCCAACCAUGUUCAAGUCUCGUUGCAUCCUGUAGCUUCCCGCCAUGGCACCGCCUCGUCUACGACUGUCUCGGUCCCUUUGCAGCACCAAGCCCACAACAAGCCAUCGGGUCGCGAAGACGCCCAGCGUACACCUCGCCUGCAACGCUCUUCUCCCGAGCAACAGAGGUCGCGUCCGCUCAACCAGCGUUCGCCCUCGCCAAAGUCCCUGCCGCAAGCUGCUCGUCUGCUCAACGCCGAGCCCCCAACGUACGGCAUCCAUCAUGCCGAUCUCGAGCAGUACCCAGUCAUCUACAACGAACCUUUCCCAUCCGAUAGCAGCACCGACGACGACGAUGACGAUGACGACGGUGAUGACACCAUUGACAAUGCAUCUACUCACAAGAUGCGCAGAGACCAAUUCGGUGUUAUGCGCUGGCCAUGUCCGUCAAAGCGCAAGCUUGCCGCACCCAUUCGUGCUAUGUCGGCCGAACAGCUAGCACUUCUAUACGAACAGUACGUUGCACAGGACGUACCCCACAGCGUCGUCUUCCCCUACCUUCAUGGCGUCGACGGCUCCGUCCCUGCCCAAAACCGCUUCUUUGGCGCACCGUGGAAUGGUCAGCCAACGCCAGCUUACCGAGGUCUCACCAUCCUCCGUGCCGACAUGCCCACGCCCCAAGAGAUCGAACAGAUGUUUGCUUCGAGAGCUACCCAGUCGCAAAACUGUUCCCGUUCCCGUUCCCGUUCGCGUACUUUCUCUAGUGUAACAACCCAAUGUUCGAGCAGCUCCCCCGAUACCGACGACGAUUCGGUCCGCUUCGAGCCAAAUGGGGCCGAUUCAUUCAAGAGUGCCUCUGGCUUGGCCGGUCCGAUGCCCUUUCCAACGCCUUCCACCGCAUCUAUAUCCCCCUCCACUGCCUCGACCGUAUCGUCACAAAUGUCAAGACCUUCGCUCUUUUCGGUCACUUCGGAAAGCUGCAGCUCGGGCUCGCGCACAAGCGUUUCAACGGUCAGCGACACAGCCGACGACUACGCUCCUUUGCCAACCAAGCAUCUCCAUCUCAACCGCUCAGCUAGAUACGAGAAGCAACCGUUCCGCUCCUUGCUCAACUCCACCGUCUACCCGAUCCAAAUCAUCAAGCCACCCAGCAUCUGCCGCACUCUGCAAGGUCACCAGUAUCCCAGCAGUCUCUUUGAAUCCAACUACGGAUAUCACAACGACGGUACCCAGGAGCGCAGGGUCGGUGCCAGCUUUGUCAACCCACCUCAGGCAUCCAGUGUCAGUCUGCGUAACUUUGGGAUUCAGUGCGCAAAGUAUGCCACCAUCUCGGACAUUGUCAUCUACUGUCCCUUGUAUCACCCCGGUGUUCUCACUCUGGCAAAGUGGGUAAGGGAAGCGCAAGCAUCUCUGCGCAAGGACCGCCUCUCUCGUGGCUGGGGCGGCUUGCAGUACAAUGUGUUUGUCGUCACCGAGUCGUUUGAGGUAUUUGAGCAGCGCUUCCCUUGGCUCAUCUCGGUCGACAGCAACGGCCUUGAGCGCAACGGCGUCAGCUUUCGCAAACGCGAGCGCGAGGAGAUGGAGAGGAUGACGCAUGCCUCUGAGAUUCACGACAACGUCUGGCUCAGCUGCACCGCCGAUGCGCCCGACGCUGACGACUCUGGCUCGUCGCAAAAGGGCAGCGAAGAGGACAGCGCACCCGUCACCCCUGACGAGCAAGCCAAUCCGCAUUGCAUCUCGAUCAGCAUUAAAUGCCAGGAGCAACGAUACGGAGACUCGAGCGAUUGUACGCCCGAAGCAUUGCGCUCCAUGGGCGAGCGUCUUGACUCGGUGGAUGCCUCGAUGCGCAUCCACAGCGAUACGGACAAACUUCUGGAUAGCCUCCACCGCGAUCACGUUCUUCACCUCGACCGAAGCUCUCUCGGCGAGUGUAUCGGUGAUGGUCUCCGUAACCCAGAUUCGCGCGACGGAUCCAUCGUGCUCGGUCCCAACGGCUGGACUCCCAAGGCGCGAUCCGUUCCCGUCUCGACCGACGCCUCUGCCUCUCAUUUGGUGCAGGCCAAGAGCUCGAGUGCAAGCCUCGGACAAGACACGGAUCGCAGUGGACGUGACCUGCUUCGUCUCGAUGCCAGCGCUGUUGUGCAACUCGACUUUGUGGCGUGCAGCGGAGGAGUAGAACAAACGCACACUUGGCAAGACACGACGGCCAAGAAGCUCGUUGACCUCUGUAUCUGGAUCCAUCAGCAAGCAUCUCCUCGGCAUCGGCUGCAAUCGGGCCGCGACGCACCCGCGUUCACGACCAGCUCGUCGACGCUUCGAACUUUUCGCAACGCCGCUCGAUCUCCCGACGAUGGGCGCGAACGCUCGCAUACUCGAGCCGAGCCAUGCGUCGGUAGUGCUCGUCGAUCGAGACGAGUGCUGCUCCACUGCUUUGACGGAUACACCGAGACUUCAGUAUUGGCGCUCUCGUACUUGAUGUACGCACGCCAGCUGAGCCUGCCAGAGGCAUACCUCGACCUUCACCUUCGAGCCGAUCGUUCCUUCUUUGUGUACCCUACCGACAUUCCGGUGCUCAAGGCGGUGGAACGAUUGUUGCAGCAGGAGCGCAUGGUGCGCCGCCAGAGCAUGCCUCAAGUCUUGGACGCCCAUACUGAUCUGCGCGGAAGCCGAGUUGUUGUCUCAAAGCCGUUGAAUGGAUCGUUGGGCGCAGACGGACGCCACUCGGAGACGGGUGGCACUUUGACGCCAACACCUAGCAAAGGCCGAAUCAGCGACGUCAAGGUGAACUCUUCCGAGCUAGUGGGCAAGCACGCUUGGUUUGACAGUUGUCGCUUUGAUGGAUCGUUUCCCUCGCGCAUUCUGCCUUUCCUCUAUCUGGGCAGUCUCGACGACGCGUCCAAUGUCGACAUGCUUCGUGUGUUGGGCAUCACCCAUCUGGUGUCGGUGGGCGAAACUGCGCUAGAGCCGCCUGUGCACAUCUCGGCCAACAUGAAUGCUUCUGGCAAAGCGCACCGAGGCAGUCGCUACCAGCGAGCCUCUGCCAAAGAAGCGUUGGCUGAGGACGCCACUAGCGUUCCUUCGUGCACGUACCAAUCUCAGGGCAUCACUGUGCUCAACGUGCGCAAUGUGUCGGAUGAUGGCAUCGACUCUCUGAGGGGCACGAUGCGCGAGGCGGUGCAAUUCAUCGAGUCUGCGCGAUUGUCGGGUGGCAAAGUGCUGGUGCACUGCCGUGUUGGUGUCAGCCGCAGUACGACGGUUGUGCUAGCCUACGUGAUGGCUCACCUCGACCUGGGUCUGAUGGAGAGCUAUCUGCUGGUGCGCAGCCGCAGACUCAACAUUGUAAUCCAGCCGCACUUGCUCUUCCUGUGGGAGCUGCGAGGAUGGGAGACAUUCCUGUUCAGAGCCAAGCAGACGCAGAUUGAGCUUGUGCGCGGGCGUGUCGGAUCAGCGGAGCUGGCGCGCGGCGAGCUUUCUCCUGGGUCCAACGCCGAGGUGAGCUCUGCUGGCUCGUCGCAAUGCAGCGAGGAGCAUCUGGCGGGUGUCGAGAUCGGCGCUGGAGCAGGAAGUGUGCAUGGGUUCGAUCGGGCGCACACUGCUAUGAUGCCGUUUGGGUCUGGCAGUCCUAUCGGCUUGCCCUACAAUGCUUCACGUCUGACGUGGGGUUUCUUUGCGCGCGAGAUUGACUUUCUCAACUUGCUCUGCUUUAUCUGA